UUGUUGGUUGGGGAGUUUAGACACAAGCGGAGGGAGCAAAAUGGCGGACGAAGAUAUUACGCUUGAUGGGAAACCUCUACAAUCGCUCCGAGUUGCGGAUUUAAAAGCCGCGCUGGAGCAAAGAAACCUGCCGAAGAGUGGGCAGAAAAAUGCACUCCUUAAGCGACUGAAAGGGGCUCUGAUGCUGGAAAAUCUCCAGAAGUCGUCCUCCUCUCACAGUGGGCUACAGCCCAACUCACAGAUAGGUGAGGAGAUGAGCCAGAAUAGCUUCAUAAAACAGUACCUGGCCAAGCAGCAGGAGCUCCUUCGCCAGAGACUGGAGAGAGAGGCCCAGCAAGAGGAGGAGGCAGACGAAAGCCCAGCAGCGCCGGACGAGGAUGAAGACCACUCGGAGGACAAUGACAGCUCCGCCUAUGUCUCUGACAAGCAUCGCUCCUUACCCCCCAAGCCCUCAAUGACCAGGGCGGAGGAGAGAGGCGCAGGAGAGUCAGUGAUGGCUCAUGGGAUGAUGGCGUAUGGCUCUGACAUGGGCCCCGGGCCUAUCCUCCACCCCCAGGAGUCCCUUGAGGCUCCAGGAGCUAGGAUGCAGCGAGCCACCUUUCAUCAAGGACACAAGGAGCCACCAGCCCCAUCUCCACCCCGCGCCGUAGCCUCCCUGUCAGUGCGCGUCCUGGGCCAGCCUGACCGCCAGGGGCUGCCCCCUGCCGUACCCCGAUCCCAGGAGAAGGAGGGCACUGCGCCGAGCGAACCAGGAUCAGCUCACCCUGUCCUCCACCUUAGCCGAUCUGCCGGGGUCUUAUCGGGAGGUCAGGUCCACGAGGACAGCGAUGACGAUGACGACGGUGAUGACGAGAGCGAAGAUGACGACGAUUGGGGGCCUGGUCCUGGCGGGGCACGGAGGGGCAACAGAGCGCCUCCCCAGCCGCAGCAGAUGCCUCCCAGUGUCCCAUCAACAGUUGCCAGAUCCAAACGCAAGCUUCAGCCUCCGCAGCACAUCCCACCACCACAGGUACACCACACACCAAUGCAACUGCGCCACCCCACCCCUCCUCCCUCUCCACCCCCUGACCUGUUUCCCCUGCCUGACACUCCCAAACAGAGCCCACCAGACACAGACGAGCAGGAGGGGGAACGCCCUGAGGCUUCUCGUGGUCCAAGGGUGCCGCCAUUCCCACCUUCCACCAUGCAGAGGCAAGACUCUGACUCGAGCUCUCGUUCCAGCAGCCCUGAGCCCCCUAUGAAGCGCAGGCCAGGGCCCCUUUCUCUGCUCGUACACAAGAUGGAGUCAGAGGGGGCUUUCCGUGCAGCAGAGACCACCUCUGCUGUGGAUAUGUCAGGAGAGAUGGCACACUCUGCUGGGUCGGCCAGUUCCAGCGAAUCUCCACUGCAAAGAUUGGAGAGAAAGAGGCUGCAAGAAAACAGAGAGAUGGAGGAAGAAAGGCGACUGAAGGAGGAGAAAGAGAGAGAACAACACCAGAAGCAGGAGAGGGAAAGAAAGAAAAUACAAGAGCAGGAGAGAGAGAAGAAACGCUUGGAAGAAGAGAAGGAAAGGGAGGGGAAACGACUGGAAGAGGAGGAGAAACAGCGUCAGAGAGAGGAGCGAGAAAAAGAGAGAAAACACCAGGAAGAGGAACGAGAAAAAGAGAGAAAACACCAGGAAGAGGAACGAGAAAAAGAGAGAAAACGCCAGGAAGAGGAGCGAGAAAAAGAGAGAAAACACCGGGAUGAGGAGCGAGAAAAAGAGAGAAAACUCCAGGAUGAGGAGCGAGAAAAAGAGAGAAAACACCGAGAAGAGGAAAAAGAAAAGGAGAGAAAACGCCAGGAAGAGGAAAAAGAAAAAGAGAGAAAACACCGGGAAGAGGAAAAAGAAAAAGAGAGAAAACGCCAGGAAGAGGAGAAACUGCUAAAGGAGAAGGAAAAGAGACAGGAGACAGCCAAUAAAGGCAGGGUGGCUGUGACUGAGGCCCAAGACUCAGAUUCCUCAUCAGAUUCUGACUCCAAAUCAGACUCCUCUUCACGCUCAUCACAAUCCUCCUCUUCCUCCUCUGGGGAUAAAACCGGCCCUGCUAGACAGCUGAAGAAGGCAGACCAAGAAGCAGAGGAUGAGAAAAAGACUAACCUGAAAGUUGCAGAGAAACGAUACCUUUCAAAAAGGGAGGUGUCAGAGCCCAGCGCAGCCGCCGUGACAGAGGUGGAACCGGACUCGGAGAGCUCCGUGGCCCAGCAGCCGCCCUCCGGGGCUGAGCCGGAGAACAGCGAGGGCCGCCUGGAGGAGAGCACCACUCCUAAGGCUUUUGCUGCUCGCAAGAUCUCCUUGACCAGCAGCAAGACGUCUCCAGCCGCCACAGAUGGAGGAGCAGGUGAGGCUGAGACGGGAUCCGCAGCGGGGAGGAAGAGGCGAUGGGGCUCCAGCACAGCAGUCACUGCUAAGAAACCAUCCAUCAGCAUCACCACUGACUCACUGAAGUCUUUGAUCCCAGACAUCAAAGUGAACCAGGAGGCCGUAGUGGAGCUGCACCCAGAGGAGCUGCACAUGUCCGGGGACGAGGAGAGCCUGGACGCCAGCCGGGACGACCAGGACAAAGGCCUCAAGAUUCGACGCACUGUCACACAGGUCGUCCCAGGUGACAGCCAGGAAAACGGACAGGCAAAUGAGGAGGAAGAGGUGGAGAAAAUGGAGAAAGAAAAACAACGCAGGACUUCCAGAGACAAAAGGAAGAACAGUGUUUCUGAGGAAGCUUCGGAAACACAGACACAUGUCAAGCUCGAAGGAGAGGCAAAUAAAGUUACCCCUAGCGACAGUCUGGUGCGUCGCUCCAUAAGUCAACAGAAGUCUGGCGUGUCCGUCACCAUCGACGACCCCGUCCGCACAACCAGGCAGCCCUCUCCGCCUCACGGCAAAGUCUCAAAUAUCAUCCAUGUGACCAACCUGGUGCGACCCUUCACCCUGGGCCAACUCAAAGAGCUGCUGAACAGGACGGGCGGCGUGGUGGAAGAGGGCUUCUGGAUCGACAAGAUCAAGUCCCACUGCUACGUCACAUACGCUACAACAGAGGAGGCGGUCGCCACCAGAGCUGCCCUCCACGGGGUCAAAUGGCCUCCGAGCAACCCCAAGGUCCUCAGCGUCGACUUCUGUGAGCAGAACGAGCUGGACGUUCACAAAGGCAUUCUGAAGCCAGAAAUGGAGGAGGAACACGUUGCCCCGCCAACUGGUCCUCAGAACCGGCUGCCCCCUCUGAUGCCUGAGCGAGACCGGGACCGGGACAGGGAGCGCGAACCGAGGGACCGAGGCGUGGUAGGAGUGCGGGAUCUGUGGGCGGAGCGGCAGAGAGAGAUGGAGCGCCGGGAACGAGCCCGCGGCGAGCGGGAAUGGGACCGGGAUAAGGUCCGGGAAUUCGCGAGACCGGGAGAGGACGAACCGCGAUCUCGAUCCAGAGACAGAGAGAGGAAGAGGAGGGAGAGGGCCAAGAGCAAGGAGAGGAAGACGGAUAAGAAGGAGAAAGGAGACGAACCUCCUGCAAAAUUGCUAGACGACUUGUUCCUGAAGACCAAAGCAGCUCCGUGUAUAUACUGGCUUCCCCUGUCUGAGGAGCAGGCGGCGCAGAGGCUUUUGGACCGCACAGAGCGGCAAAAGGAGCGCGAGCGAAGGCGCAAGGAGCAGCAAGAGGAGGAGGAGAAGAAGCGGGAGGAGGAGAGGAAAGAGAGGCUGAAGGGUCGAGAGAAGGACGUCAGCGUGACGGCGAGCGCCGGGGCAGCCGGGCGAGUAGGAGGAGGAGGAGGAGGAGCCAACAGAGACCGAGAGAGGGACCGCGGCCGAGACAGAGAGGGGGACAAGAAGAGGGACGGCAGCCACCGGCCCGCGCGACCCUCGGUAGGCGCCGGCAGCGGACGUCGCUCUCAUAGCCGUAGCAACCCCAGGGAUAGACGCCGCUGAGUGGCUGCAGGGAUAGCGGAAGAGAGAGAGAGGGACGCGGCGUAGCUAGGGACUCAGCAGACAGGAAGUCUUGGGAGGGAGGGAGUGUUUCCACUUGGAGAUUCUCUUGCCUCAAGUUCAGGACUUGUGUCUGCUCCUCGCUACCUGCCCCGCCGUGCUUUAAUUCGUCCACUUUUGACGCCAGCGUUGUCUUCCACACACUUCUGCCAUUUCCCCUCCCCCCGCCUCGUCCGUGUCAAUUUACACAGAAAAUGUUCAUUAAAUGUGAUAAUAGUAAAACGACAGAUAGUCUAGCUUCUCUCCCCACUCUUCUGUUCUCGCUCCGUCUUCCAGAAGCAAAAGUGCGUCCUCUCCGUCUGUAGAGAGCAGCGUUCCUCCUCGUCUCCGUGUAGUCAAAGAAACAGAGAGGACUGUGGUUUUCCCUGGCUCGCCUCAGCAUUUUGUCCCUCUGAGGUUUGGGAGCCCGCCUCUUUAUUUUAGUUCUGCGGGUGCACAGUUCCUUCCUCCUCCGAGCCCUGUAAUAAAACCAGUCCGAAAUAGAUCCCCGACCUUCAAAUAUUUUCUAGCAUCAGUUUUAGUGUUCUACUCCUCAGCACUGGGAUUUUUUUUUUUUUUUUUUUAAUAAACGACUUAAUUUGACUUUGUCAAAGUGAGGAUUUUGUUUUGUUGAAGUUUUAUGAAUCAUGUUUUCAGCCUUGGAGGUUUUGUUGUGUGUUACUGCAGGUGAUGUUUGUGUGAGUAAUAACCUUCAUCCCCCUCUCCCACCAACAUGCAACUGGUACUGAAGUCUCAACACUGUAACCUAGAGGAGUAUGCGAUAGGAAGAGCCGUGAUAUUACGUGUUGUGGUGAUGCAGGAGACGUGCACAUGCUCCAGUUUGUCUUUAGUGGAUGUUUUGAGUUGAGAAGGGGGAAGUCUUGUCAAGUGGUUUAUUCUGUAAUAAUUACAGGAAGCUGCACUGAAAUCUCCUUUUGAAAAUCCCUCCUCUGACCCUUCAAUCAUAUAUAUAUUUAAGAGGGAAUACAAAUAAGAAGUUUACCUUCUAAUAGAGUAAUGGUUACAAUUUUAAUAUUUUUAAUUUUAUGAUUUUAGUUCUAAACAGUUAGUGUUGCUUUCCCCCCUCCACAUCCCCUUCCUGCAAGUGCUGAAUGUACUGAGAAUUUAAAAAAUGAAUAAAUUUAAAUUGGUUAUCAGCC